AUGCAAAAAGAAGUGGUGAGUGCAGACACUUAUACGUCCGUUUUCAAACAAAAACGGCAUUGAUUUUCGUCUAUUCUGUGUUUUUACACUGUCCGUCGUUUGAAUUUCCCGUGCUUUUGUAAAAUUUAAAAAAGUUGACAGCCUUUUUCAUUUUUGCUCAUUUACUAGUACGUUUCCUAGUAUUUGGGCAUAUUUUGAGCAUAUUUCUAUUCCGCACCGCAAAUUUGGUAACUUUAUUUGUAGGCACCAGAAACGGUUAAAAAAGAAGAUGAUAGUGAAAGAGGAGACUGAUAAGAUCAGCAACUGGCACUUUGUACUUGGCGCCAAGUUUGUCUUUCAUUUGAAUUCACAGCUUUCGGACUGUUCUCCUGCUCUUUUUCUGCAAUUUUCAAGGCUCUUUUUCUUCAAUUUUUCGGUUUUUAUUGAACUCGAUUUGCCCAAAGGAGAGUUUUUCUUUAAAUUUCUAGCAUGAAAUCUAAAUUAUGAGGAACAGUCCAAUAUUCAACUUGGAGAACCUUUUCGAAUACCAGGAAUUGUUCCUUAGCUAAAUUCCGAAAGAUUCGAUGCUUUCACCUGCACCUUCGAUCAUUUCCCCCCAGAUGAAAGCGUCUCAUGUGACUAGAAGUAGUCAGGAAAGAAAGUGUUUAUAUCCCUUCUGCUCUUUCCGUUUUCUCACUCAUUUUUCGAUCGUAUUCUCUGAAGCAAAGACAAGUUGGCUACAAUCUUCUAGAAUCUGAAUUUCAAUCUGGUUUGGUCAUUGUCUUAUGAUCAUAAGUCCUUUUUAGCUUCAUCCUUUCAGGUUUAUCAUUAGGACACUGCCGGUCUCCAGAGAUUUGAUUUUGAAAUAUCAACAGAAUUGAGCAGUCUUGAUGACUUUGAUGUUCUCGUAGAUUCUCGUGCAUGUCAUCCUCUUCUCGUCUGAGUCGACUCUGUCACACGGAGUCAGUCGUCAUCGUUGCCUCGUCGCAAACCCCCCGUCGGUCGCUUUCGUAAGAUCCACGGGUUACGGUCGGGGUCUAGGUUUUCGUGUUAAGACCCAUCGAGGUGAUGAUGACGACACUGCGGCCCGUCGCCACGCACACAACGCUCACAAACACUCACAUGCGCUCACAGACGCUCACCCACUCACGCUCAAACACAAAAUGCGCUCACUCACCGCGCCGCCGCCAUCCGCACCGCCCGGGUGGCCCAUGUUCUCCCGCCUGUUGUCUUCUUUCCAAUUAUUGACCCCGCCCACUUUUCGUAAAAUUUUCCCAAUUUAUUGGAACUUUGCUGCCAUACUGUAGACUCGCAAGCUGGCUGAUUGUCUUUUUCCUUUUGGCUCCUGAAAUGAUCUUUCUUGACACUUUUCCACGUUCCCAUGCUGUCGUCAGCGCGUCUGUCGCAAUCUCGUUCAUAAUCGCCGGCGACGUGUUUGAUCGAGAAUCGGCGACUAUUAGUCCGAAAUCGCUUGGCACCUACUUCUCGGCGACUGAAGAAGCCCCUUCCCACUGCCGACGCUCCCGACGCGGAAUACCAGGACGGACCGACGAGAGAGUACUGCGCGUGCAGAGAGGCAGACGCGUCAGAGAGUGCUGCUCACCCUUCGUGUCGGCGGCGGCGACCAGCGGCCGAGGAGGGGAGGAGGAGGACGGACAAUUUGGCUGCGUACCACGUUUGAUACUCAGGCCCGACCCCAGCUGGUCGCUGGUCGUCUCGCGCGUUCAAAUCUGGCUUGCCGCGCGCGCGUUUUUUUCACAUCUCGAUUCAUACCCUUCUUUCUUACAGUUCCACCUUUGCUCCGUUUAUAAAUACAAACUUAUAAGAAAGCAAAUUUAAAUUUUUCAGAAAAUGGUUUCGGCCGAUGAGACGGUAGUCGUUCCGACGAAUUCGACGACUGUGAUCGAGUCGACAGAGCCGAAGAGCAGCGAUGUGAGCGGCAAUUCGUCGGAUUCCGAUGGUGAUAAAAUUGAGGUGAGGAUGAAUUUGAAAGAUCAGGGGAAUCAGUAUAGCCCUCUUAAUUGGGAUGAGUACGCCAGACUUGAACGUCCCGGGAGACGCAGAGAAGUCAACCAAAAGGGAUACUCGGGGAAGCGGCAUUUAAUUCGGAGGGUACAAAAAUUAGGGGGUACAACAGGGUACAAAUUGUUUUGGGGUACAAAAAGUCGAGGGUACAAAAUUUUCGAUUCUAGGGUACAAAGAUUUACCGAUUCAGUAGGCAUUGAUUAAGGGGUACAACUUUUAUGAUUUAAGGGUACAAAUUUCACGAUUUUGGGGUACAACAAUUUUUUCCCCAUUUUUUCAUGGGCAUCAAUUCAGUGAAUGUUUUUAGUUGUUUCACAAAAUUUUUUUACUCCGUGAAUGUUUUGUACUCCGAAUCGCUUGAUCAGUUCCAGAGAUGUUUUUUAAAUGAGAUUUCAUGACCCUUCGAAGCGUUUUGCUUCCGAUAGACAGUGGUUCAAACGGCGACCCCUUUGUUAUUAUAGGGGCACCGAACAGAAAGGGCGCUCUAUUAAUAAACUUUUUUGCAGUGCAAAUUGAGUGAGCUCGGGGCCGAGUUUGAAAAGUUAGGCCACGUUUUCAGUGGAAAAUUACUUCGCGGACUAGAAAUUCGGCCAGAUUGCGAACAGAGCGUCCUUUCUAUUCGGUGCCCCUAUAAUAUUACUUACAAGUUGUUUUUGCUGUUUUGGCCCCUUUAAAUUCUGCAAUUUCACAGCAGAAUUUCAUCAUCUGAUGUUGUGUGUGAAAUUUACCCAAGUAAAGUUUUUUUCUCGAAAUGACACAAAAAUACUGCAUAAAACAAAGCAUGGAUACACACGACUGUGUCUCGUGAGCUCUCAAAAAUUCAAAACUGGAAUGAAAACUUCGAAAAUGUGCUUCGUGCAACUUUUGUACCCCAAAAUCGUGAAAUUUGUACCCUUAAAUCAUAAAAGUUGUACCUCUAAAUCAUUGCCUACUGAAUCGGUAAAUUUUUGUACCCCAGAAUCGAAAAUUUUGUACCCUCGACUUUUUGUACCCCAAAACCAUGAAAGUUGUACCCCAAAACCAUUUGUACCCUGUUGUACCCCCUAAUUUUUGUACCCUCCGAAUUAAAUGCCCGGGGAAGCCCCGCCCUCCUCACCAGGGUGUCUCCUCACUAUUUUGACAUUCACUAACCAAGUCAAAGUUAUUUCAGAAGCUCAAGGCGGAUCAGCGGGACGUUGUCAUUGAGCCCGUCAAUGGCUCCACCAACGGAAGCCACGCUGAAACGAAUGGCGAAGAAACUACCGAGGCUACAGUAGAAACUGUUGCUGCUGCUGCCGAAGUCGUGACAGUGGAAGACGAAGACAUGGAAGAGGCUCCGAAGCUGGAAGUGGAGUGCAUUGUUGUCGAAGAGAACGGACAAUCCGUCGAGCAAUCUGCGACCACGUCGACUCCGGGAGCAGAGGAGGGCAACGAGAGCAACGAGACGAAUGAGGUGGAAAUGAAGGAGGUGGAUACGGUAGACGAAGUCAAAGAAGUCGAAAUGACUGAUUUGACGGACGAAAACGAGAAAGAGGAUAAGAACGGAAAUGGUCAGUUUUCAGGUGAAUUCCUAAAAAGCCUAAAUAUUCCAUUUUCAGAAACCUCGAAAGAAACAGAGAAGGAGAUCACUCCAGUGAACGGCGUUGCUCCUGAGACUGUUGCCGAACCAGCAGAAAGGACGAACGAAGAAGAGUCGGCACCUCCGGAGCUGCAACAAGAAGAAGGAGAGCAGAACGGAAAAGGCGUAAAGAGAACCGUCGAAUGCAUUCAAUUGGAUGACGAUGACGAUGACAUUCAAGAGAUUCCUGCCACUCCGGCCAAGAAAGCCAAAGUGGAUCCUACUGCUUCUCCCGUCAGUCCUGCUGUCAAAGUGGAAGACUGCAACGACAACGAGAAGGCACAGAAGCGUCUGCUUGACAGGUUAGAGGAAUAUGUACACGAGCAAAAGGGAACUCCAUCUGGUCUGAAUCGGAAAGUCCUCGACACCCUCCUCGGAGCCAUUAAUGCUCAGGUGCAGAAGGAGCCUCUGUCUGUUCGGAAGCUCAUACUCGACAAGGAUCUCGUGCUUCCGAAUACGAUAUCGUUUCCACCGAGUCAAGUGUGCGACAUUCUCAUAGAGCACGACCCAGGAAUGCCGUUGACGAAAGUGAUCAAUCGCAUGUUCGGAGAAGAGCGACCGAAGCUGAGCGACUCGGAGAAACGAGAAAGGAACCAAUUGAAGCUUUCUAAUCCAGUGCCGAACAUGACCAAACUUCUUGUCGACAUUGGACAAGAUCUCGUGCAGGAAGCCACUUAUUGCGACAUUGUUCACGCUAAGAAUCUUCCGGAAGUUCCCAAAAAUUUGGAAACUUACAAGCAAGUGGCUGCUCAGCUGAAACCAGUCUGGGAGACUCUGAAGCGGAAGAACGAGCCAUACAAACUGAAGAUGCACAGAUGCGGAGUGUGCGGUUUCCAAACUGAGUCGAAGCUUGUCAUGACAGGUCACAAGGCCACUCUCCAUUACACCGGAAGCAAGUUCCAGUGCACUUUAUGCAAGGAUACGGACACCAACGAGCAGAGAAUGAAGGAACAUUACUUGUAAGCUUAAAAUUGUUUGAAUUCAAUAAUUCUAAUUCCUUCUCUUUCAGCGAGGCUCACCUUGUCAUAGCCAAACCGGAAGAGAAAGAGGCCAAAUAUCCGUGCAUGAUCUGCGAAGAGGACUUCAACUACAAGGGAGUACGCGAGCAGCACUACAAGACUUGCAAGAAGGAUUACAUUCGCAUCCGCAACAUAAUGACUCCGACGCAAGGCGACCUCCUCCAUCUCAACCGUUGGCUCUGGGAGAAGCCGGCGAUGGAUCCGAGCAUUCUGCAACAGCAACAAGCGGCCGCUCUGCAACAAGCUCAACAGAAGAGACAGCAACAACAACUUCUCAGUCAGCAACAAGCUGCAGCUGCUGCGGCUCUGCUCCGAAAGCAACAACUCCAACAGCAGCAGCUCCAGCAGAACCGGCUACGCGAGCAAACGGCUCAGGCUCAACAAGCCCAGCAGCUCCGGCAGGUGGCUGCUUUCCUGCAACAACAUCAACAGCAGCAGCAACAUCAGAACAACAGAGGGAACAUCAACAACACAUUGAUUGCAGGUAAGAAUUUGAGAAGCAACAUCAUGUUUCUAAACGUAAUAAGGUAAAUUUUUAGCAAUGCAAGCUCACCUUCGUCGAAGUGGACAGGCAGUUCCGAACCAGGCUCAAAUGACUCAGGCCCUCCAGAAGCAAAUAGCUGCUGCGACGAAAAGCCAGCAGGGAGCUCAGCUCCAAGCAGCAAUGGUGGCCGCAGCGCUGAAAAGCCAGAGCCCCAAGGUCGCAACGCAACAGAAGACGCCAAGAUCGUCGGUGGGAAUAACUUCGCAGCCGCUCACACUUUCCUCCUCUACGCCUUCUUCGUCCGUGACCACUCCACUCACGUGUGAGAUUUGCGAUCAGAAUAUUCCGGAUAAGGAGAGAUACCUUCUGCAUUUGCAGGUACGAUAAUAUCUUCUGAUUUUUCUGUUCAUAACAUGCUUUCAGAGCCUCCACAAGCAAAUGGUCGGCAAGUCGUUGCAAGACAUGUCUCAAGGAGCUCCACUUGCAUGCUCUCGUUGCCGCGACCGAUUCUGGACGUACGAAGGACUCGAAAGACAUCUCGUCAUGUCCCACGGACUCGUCACUGCCGAUCUGUUGCUGAAGGCGCAGAAGAAGGAAGACGGUGGUCGGUGCAAAACAUGCGGAAAGCAGUAUGCGUUCAACAUGCUCCAACAUCUUGUUGCCGACCAUCAGGUCAAACUGUGCUCGGCGGAAAUAAUGUAUUCGUGUGAUGUGUGCGCUUUCAAGUGCUCCAGCUACCAGAUUCUCGAAACUCAUUUGUCUACAACCCAUCCGAAAGGAGACAAGAAAACUACUCCGGCGGCGAAAAAAGAUGACUGCAUCACGUUGGACGACUAA